UCCUAUUCAAUUAAGAGCUUAAGCUCAUUAGUGGCAGACUUACAUCAUUACCUCUCCAAUGGCUAAUGAGUUAAAAUCUAUUUAGAUUUAUGUUGCCGUUAAAUCUCCUCCACACACACACGUGCAGUUUGUAUCAGUCACAAAUCAGAAAAAGUGUCAUGAGAUUAAACCUGAAAGCAUCCUGUGACUCUCCAUAAGAUUUUCCAUAUCAGUGUGGGAGCCUUUUAUAGCAACACUGCAUAUUCAACACACUUGAAUUAUACCUUUGCCUUCAGUAUGUAAAUCAGAGAGGAGCGAGUGUGUGCUCUGUAUUGUAUCUGCACACUGUAAUAUACCACAAAGCCCUGUUUUCCCACACUUAUACAUUAAAGACUCUAAUUUAAUGCUUUUUCUAAUUCCUAACUAAUAAUUAGCACCGCAUGGCAAAAAACAACACUCCUUUACAAAGCUAUUACACAGCUAUUAGUUGAGUUUUCAAUCAAUUUUAAUUAUGCUAACAAAUCCUUGAUUGCACUGCCGGGUUGACAAAUUUAAUGAAUUGAUGGAAGAAAGGAAGAAAAAAAGAGGACAAUUAAUAGAAGACAAUGGAGGAGAGUGGAAGGUGGUGUAGUCGCUCAGGCCUGCAGGAGUGUGUAAUCUGCAGCAGCCUGGUGGUGCUCUGAGAGACAAAGACUGGGCAUCAGAGCAGGUGGAGGAAGGAGACAGUCCACUUCUCCACCUGUGGUGCUCACUGGUGGCUUCGUGUCUGACCUCUCGGCUCCACGUUCAAUCUGACCGGGCCAGAUUAAGGAAUAUUCUCAGGAGCACCGCUGCACAACUUGUGGGGGAUGAUGAGGAACAAUGCACUGACAGCUCCUCCAUCUUUGAUGUCUUGUUUAAAUCCGGUCUCCCCGCUGAUGCUUUGAUAACUCGCUAACUGGGACGUUUUCACUCUAAUUAGGGCUUCAAUUGCUAAUUCCAUAUUGCUGCUAUAAUUAUCACUGGGAGAGACGCGAACGCUGCAGCGAGAUUUCGGGCAGACAGGGAGGCAGGUGCGCACACUGGCCCCCACAUUCACCUUAGUGGGUUCCCAGACUGAGGCGGCGGCGGGGGUGGGGGGCUUCUAAAGGUCCUCCAGUGUGCUAUGGAGGGACUCCAGCUGUUUUCAAUGGGCUAAAGUUCAUGCUCUGUUCUCUAAACCAAACCGUCUGAUAUCAUUUGAAACCAACACUUCCAAACACCUUUCUGGAGGAUAAAACAACUCUGCCACUUAGGAAGAAUUAUCAGUUAUAUUACGCAUUCAUUACCAAAGUAAAUUUAACAAGUGAGUUUCUCAUUGAAAUCUACACAUUUUAAGGCUCCUUGUCACAAAUACUCUCAAAGCGAAUGUGCAGUAGUAAAAGAAAUCGACUGUCUCACCUUUAAACUGCUAAUUUGGGCAAAAUUCAGUGGAAGUGCCUUGUUAAAGUGCACAUCUCCUGCAGUGCAGUGGCUCCUCAUUGUGUCCUCACUCUGUCUGUGGCUUCCAAACACUUUGCUGUCAGUGUUUCUUCUUCUCUCCUCACCGUUUGCACUCACUGUGCCAACCUCCCAAUACAAACUAGACGCCCAUAAUAACCUUACAGGCAGUAAUUGGAAUUGAGGAUUUUAUUUUUUUUUCCCACCUCACUCUUCACCCCUUUGGGCGCAUGCGCAUUGGGGAGCGUACUGGUCAGUGUGAGAAGCAGCUGUUCAGGGCUGGUGAAAUUCCAACAUGGCAGUGGCUGUGGUCAGUGUUUCCUGCGUUAACUUGGGAUGGUUUCAGCUCGCACGCAGCCCGGCUUAACCUCGGCACCCCGUUCAUCAGCAGCACUCCUCCCCGGGAUCGAUGCGACCCUGACCCCCCCACGUGAGAGGUCGACCUGUCGCUAAAAAAACAGCACGAGAUGAUCAGCAGCAGCAGCGUCUAUGGCUUAAAGAUGCAGUGGACCCCAGAGCACAGCCAGUGGGCCGAACAGCAUUUCGACAUCUCCUCCACUACGCGCUCGCCAGCCCACAAGGCUGAGGCCUACCGGGCCGUACCUGGCCACCUGCAGCGCUCAGCCACUUACCAGUACGCCUGGGCCAAUGACGACAUCUCAGCUCUGACGGCCUCCAACCUACUCAAGAAGUAUGCUGAGAAGUAUUCCGGCAUUCUGGAGAUGCCAGGCACCUAUUCUGAGGCCCCCGGGAUCCCAGGGGUGAUGAACGGCCGGAAAGGUGAAUCAGAACCCUGGCAGGAUGGCGUCUAUCCCAUGAGCUGCAUCCCAGAGGGGGUUUCUGUCAGAAAGGGAGGGGUAGCUGCAGCUUCAGAGGUAGUAUCUGGCAUGUGCAGCUCCCCAGGUCUUGCCUCCAGCACCCUGAGUGAGCCCAGCUACUCCAGCAGCAGCUGUGGGAGCCACUCUGCCACCGCCCUCCACUCCUCCUCCAUGCCCUCUCAGGAAUACGGCCCUGCAUACAGCAGCUCCUAUCUGCACAGUAGUUACAGCUCCCAGUCUGCCCCCGCCCCAGCACUCCCUUCACCACUGCACAGCUCUGGGCUCCUGCAGCCGCCACCUCCACCGCCCUCCCACCCCACUUUAGUCCCAGCUUACAACGGAGGCUCCCCCAACUUGUCUAGUUAUAAUUACCCCCCAGCAGGCUACCCAGCUCAGAGCUCAGUUGGGCCAGGAUACAGCCCUGGGGGAGCACCCCCUCCUUCUUCAUACCUUCCCUCAGGCAUCGCUGCACCUACACCCCUUCCCCCCUCUUCUUCUUUACCUGGAUACCCAUACCAGAGCCACAACCUGACCCCAAUUGCCCCCACUCCUCUAAACAGUAGCUCCUCCAACUCACUGAAGAGGAAAGCCUUCUACAUGACAGGCCAAGGAGAGAUAGACUCCGCUUAUGGUAACUUUGGCUAUGGCCAGGCUCGGAGCUCGGCUGAGAGCCCCAUGUACAGAAUAACAGACAGCAGUAAUGCAAACGGAGGCUCCAGCAACAAUGGUGGUGGUGGUGGAUUUGACAGAAGUGCUGAAAAGUCAUCUUUACCUUUUAAUCCUCAGAAGCAGUCCGCAAUGUCCUCAGAGCAGCAGCAGAGGAAGUAUAGCAGCCAGGCAACAGGUGGACCACUGACUCCACCAUCCUAUGUGUCCUCCACCCUGGGGGGUUCCCGCUCAGCAGAUUCCCUUGUCAGCUUCACCUCCCCUUCCCUCAGUGAGCAAGGUGCUGAUGAUCACCGUCUACACCUCUCUCACUCAGCGCCAGGGCCUACCUCCUCCUCAUCCACUUCCUCCUCCCGGCCUGCCGAAGAGCAGCUAAAAACUAGUGACCCUCACCUCCUUGACAUGGUUACCUCUGAAAUCGUUCAGCAAGGGCCCCCGGUGGAUUGGAGUGACAUUGCAGGACUAGAAAUGGCCAAGGCGACCCUGAAGGAGGAGGUCCUGUGGCCCAUUCUGCGGCCAGACAUGUUCAGCAGUUUGGGACCAGCCCCACGUUGUGUGCUGCUGUUUGGUCCGAGAGGCAGUGGCAGGACGUUGCUGGGUCGCUGCCUGGCCAGCCAGCUGGGUGCACCAUUUCUCCAGCUCAGUGGUUCAACAUUGGCCACAAAGUGGCUGGCAGAUGGAGAAAAAAUUAUCCGAGCGUCCUUCCUGGUGGCACGCUGCCGGCAGCCCUCAGUACUGUUCAUUAGCGAGGUGGACAUGUUGCUGUCAGCCCAUAUCAGUGAAGAGAGUCCCAUCAAUCGCCUGAAAGGAGAGCUACUAGCCCAGUUGGACUCGCUUCUCUUGGGCUCAGGCGAGGACGGAGGCAACCAAGUGUUGGUGGUUUGCUCCACAAGCAGACCCCAGGACAUGGACGAAGGGCUGCGCAGGUACUUUGCUAGGAGGGUCCUCGUACCCUUGCCAGACAGCACAGCCCGACACCAGAUCGUGAACCAGCUCUUGGCUCAAUCUCAGCACAAAUACUGCUUGAGCGAGGAGGAUCUGGCGCUGUUGGUCCAGCGUACGGAGGGUUUCUCUGGACUGGACCUGGCCAGACUCUGCCAGGAGGCUCUCGUUGGUCUGUUACAUGUCUCUGCACAGGGCAUGGACAUGACGGGUAUGAUGCCCAGAGGACAGGUCAGACCCCUCACCUACCAGGACUUGGAGAGUGUCUUUUGUAAAUUCCAAGCCAGUAUAUCGCAGAAAGAGAUUGACACGUACACUGAGUGGAACAAAAUGUUCGGCUGCAGCCAGUGAAAAUAUAAAUUCCGCCCUUGAGAAAAAGAGGCAUCCACAGUUCCUCCCCUCAGGGCAGAAGCAUUGUGCUGGAGGGAAAGGCACACAGAAGGCCAACACAAGCCCACUGAGUUCUCACAAGCAGGGUUUAGAUGCACCAAGAGACCUGGUUUGAUGAGACAACUGGCAGUUUUGCAGUUAAUGAGCAAGAGCUUUCAUUUGAAUCCUUGACACUCCAGAAAGCCAGGCAUUGUUUACACAUUGCGAGCAAGUUGGCUUCAGAAGAGACGCCACAGUGUCUGUGUAUAUACCUUUAUGUUCUUGUUCUUGAGAUUUAGUUGGCUAUCCAAGUGCCUGAAGUGGUGCUUUCUGAUUUUCUUUCUUUUUUUUAUUUGCCUCACAAUCUACAUUCAUGGCAUGAGCUGAUGAUUAUUAAGAGCUUUAAAACUUCAGCACUGAGUCUGAAUAACAGAGAUUGACAGUUGCCAUUGGUGGUGGUCAGUCAUUCUUUAUUGUCUUGCUAAGAGCAUUAAUCCAUCAGGGUGGCAGUAGUCUGGGCCCUGUCUCACACUCAUAACUUGUGAUCCUGUGUCUGCAAAACAAACAAACCUAACAAACAAAACUCAGGAAAGCGUUUGUGAAUUGUACAGUACCUCAAAAUGUUUUGACGAAAAGCACUAAGAUUUGACAGAAGAAUCCAAGGUGUUUUGGCGAUUUAGUGAAGCAGUGUUAGAUGUACCUUGACUGGCUAAGAUAAAUAGCAAAGAGGUGACAAUGAAUGUACUAGAUAUGUUCUGGAAUUAUGGAACAUUAUCAAUAGUGAGAGUAAAAACUUUAUUUUUUUUUCCUCACAGCAGGUGCUGUAUUAGUUACCUGUUUCUACUUGACCAAUCCUGAAGCUUAUUUCCAUCGCUCUUAAAACAUUUAAAACCAUGUUGCCCAGCUUUUUUCAUUUUGGGGCUUAAGAGACGGGCAGGUUUUGGGGUGGUGGGAGUUGUAUAUUUAUUAAAACAACCAUAAUCAACGUUGUUUAUAUCGUGUUAUUCCGGCUGUAUGGCCAGGCUGCAUGGAGGCUCCAUCAGUUUGUCAGCUAACUUCUGCGCAAAAUAUUCAAAAGUCAUUUUUGUCUCGUUUUCUCUGACAAACCUGAUGCUAAAAACACGUCUAAUGAAUUUAAAGGCACUGUUUGACAUUUUGGGAAAUAUACUUACUCGCUUUCUCUCCCAGAGCUCUAUGGGAAUAUCAGGCUCUUGCCAGUAGCCAGUUACCUUAACUUGACCGCUAACCUGGCUUUCAGAAGGCCAAAAAAAUAUCAUGGAACGGGCUGCUGCGGAAAGAAAGCAAGAAAAUAAAUAAGUGUAUUUCCUAAAAUAUGACGGUAUUCCUUUAAAUGGUAUUGAUAUCAAAGACAUUUUAUUGUAUAUCUUUGUGUGGGUCUUGAUCUGAACGUUUGACUUGAUGUCAUUUGGUAUGCCGUUGAUUUCAGCCAGAAAUGCUGUAUUGGCUAUCAGCUCAUCUGUUGUAUUCAAGGAAAAUCAGUUUUUAUAACCUUAAACUACGAUCAAGGGAAGAUGACAGAUAACCUCCUAGUUUUAAAGUUGGAUUUGAUGGGUAUCUUGGAACUAUGGAUUCUGCAAAGUUGCCUUGACACUCACACUGUUACUGUGUUUAAACAGGAUUAGCUGUGGAAUGGGAGGCCGCUGUUGUAAUUUGAAUUACACAAGGUCAUUCAUCCAGCACAUAACAUGCCUAUAAUUUAGUAUGAAAAGUAGAAAAUCAAGAGUAAAUUACUGCAUUUUUCCUGGAGGUCAAAGGCCAUUUGAUAAUAGAAAUUCUUACUGAUUGACAUCUCUAUAAUGCUAUACAUAUUAUUAUUGCAGUUGCCGUGUUGUUAUCCAACCAGGAGGCAUAUACGUAGUUACAAAAACUCUAAAGAUGCCAUUUUAAUCAACACACAGUCAGAAAACUGAUUUUAAUGGAAGCUGUUUGAUCCAAAAUGACCGCCCCAAACUAACUACUUUAAACCCGUUUUUUAAUCAUCUCUAAACGUAUUGUCAGUUUUAUUUUUCACUCUAUGUACACAGAUGGCACUAAGCACGUGAUCUAAAUGCAUUUGGAUACAUACUUCAGUGGACUGAAAAGCUUUGUAACGUGAGUGGGGGGAUUUUGGCACAAGUCUUAAUGUCCUCCCUAUGUGUUGCCCAUUGUACUGCAUUGGAAUGUACUUUUGUCUCCUCCUCGUCACUGUGUAAGACGCUGUCCUUAAGCUCUGCUAUUGUGACAUGGGAGCACUUCAGAUAGUUUAAUGUACGUGCACUAAAGCAUUUUGUGUGUGAUAUCGUUUGUUGAAAUGUAUCAACGCCACUGGCAGCGCUUGAUUUAUUUUGUUUUGUCUUGUCUGAUAUUUAUCCUGAAGGACAUUUCAUUUAUCUGAACCGACGAUCGCUCUUUUUUAUUGUACACCCUGCUGUUUUUUUUUGGGUUUUAUUCAAUGUUUUAUCAUAUUAGUGUUGAAGCAGGAUACAUGCUGCAUGUGCAGGCCUGCUCUGUGUUGCUAUCUCUGGUCCAGGCACCAUCAGUGCAGCACCUGAUGUGGGGGGGGGGGACACUGCUGAGCGUCAGCAGAAUUGACGGAAAGGAAAGACAGCCAGGCAGCGUGGCGGCAACACAAGGGGAAAGCAGAGUGGUCCGUCAGAAAACCACCCUCAAAACAAUCUGUACCAGAAUUCCUUCUGUCAGCAAAUCCUCCGGAGAGAGAGUCCCUUUAGACAGAAAAACCUACUAAUGCACUUCAGAGCACACAUCAACAGCACAGGCGUCCUCUCUCCACAGCCGACGAACAAACGACUGGAAACACACCGGUCAAUGCUACGCUUGUUUGUUUGUUGUGUUUUGUGGUCCUUCUUUUGUGUCUUGACCUUUUUCUACAUGGUGAUUAAAUCUAGCUUUUUCUUUUCUUUUUUUUUUUUUUUGGAAACCUUUCUUUAAACUGAUGCUCAAGUUCUUCUUUAAAGCAUUUCUACCUCAUGGCUACAAAACACACACACACACACGCGUGAUAUUUGAUUUACAUCUUUCCAAAUGUGAGACAUUUGUGAAAAAUGCAUUGAAAAAUU